GGUGUUUAAGAAAGCCAGUCCCAACGGGAAGCUCACUGUCUACCUCGGGAAGAGGGACUUUGUGGAUCACAUCGACGUGGUGGAUCCCGUGGAUGGUGUGGUGCUGGUGGAUCCCGAGUACCUGAAGGAGCGAAAAGUUUUGGUGAUGGGAACCACCAACCCCAGAGCUGGGGGUGACCUGAUCCCCCCCAACCUGCCCUGCUCCGUCACGUUGCAGCCGGGCCCGGAGGACACGGGGAAGGCUUGUGGCGUGGACUACGAGGUCAAAGCUUUCUGUGCAGAGAACCUGGAGGAGAAGAUCCACAAGAGGAACUCGGUGCGCCUGGUGAUCCGGAAGGUCCAAUACGCGCCCGAACGGCCCGGCCCCCAGCCCAUGGCAGAGACCACCCGCCAGUUCCUCAUGUCAGACAAACCCCUGCACCUCGAGGCAUCCCUGGACAAGGAGAUCUACUACCACGGGGAGCCCAUCAGCGUCAACGUCCACGUCACCAACAACACCAACAAGACGGUGAAGAAGAUCAAGAUCUCAGUGCGCCAGUACGCGGACAUCUGCCUCUUCAACACGGCCCAGUACAAGUGCCCGGUGGCCGUGGAGGAUGCUGAUGACAUGGUGGCCCCGAGCUCAACCUUCUGCAAAGUCUACACCCUGACCCCCUUCCUGGCCAACAACCGGGAGAAGCGGGGCCUGGCGCUGGACGGGAAGCUCAAGCACGAGGACACCAACCUGGCCUCCAGCACCCUGUUAAGGGAUGGAGCCAACAAGGAGAUCCUGGGCAUUAUUGUCUCCUACAAGGUGAAGGUGAAGCUGGUGGUGUCCCGAGGAGGCCUGCUGGGAGACCUCGCCUCCAG